AAUGUCAGAAGGAGAAAAAACAUAGUACACACAGCUGAUAUUCAAUUGUCAAGAAGUGCUUAUCAAAACAAUAACAAUAUUAUCAUUGUAAUCACAACUACAAAUGGGCGCGAUAACGAGCAGACAGAAUGCGGGUGUCGAAGAAGUGGACGUGGUGCCGACGCACGCCUACAGAUAUCCUCCAAGAUCAGGCAGCUACUUUGGGAGCCACUUCAUCAUGGGAGGUGAGAGGUUCGAUACACCACAGCCAGAAUCCUAUCUGUUUGGUGAAAAUACAGACUUGAAUUUCCUAGGCAGCAAACCAACACCAUUUCCAUAUCCACCGCCGCAGCCCAAUGAACCCACGAAAACUCUUAAGAGUUUGGUGAAUAUUAGGAAAGAAUCAUUGAGGUUUGUUAGAGCAUCUGCAGACUACACAAAACCGCGAUUGGAUUGCGACGUGGAGGUUGGAAGGCCGUCGUUUUUCAAUAUAGAAUUCACGUUCGAUUGCGACGUAAGAUGCUCGAUCACCAUACACUACCUGUGCAUGGAAGACCACAGCACUGGCAACGUGACCUACAUAUCUAGAGACCCGAGGACCACUUCAGAAACAUAUCACUUCAAACGUGGAGCAAAUCAGCAAUUCUGCCAGAUGGCACACGUCUUCGACCCAUCGCAGUUCUCCGAGGACGAUUUGCUAUACGACAUGGAACGCGAGGUCAUUCCAAUUGCUAUACACUGUGUCGCUGAGGAAGGACCAGAAGAUAUGCGGCAAUCGCACGCUACUUACGCCACCGUUGAGAAGAUGUCUGAUGGUACUUUCGUGUUGAAAGCACUCAAACAAAAGUUGUUCGUCGAUGGAUUGUGCUAUCUAUUGCAAGAGAUUUACGGCAUUGAAAAUAAAAAUAAUGAAACGCAAUGCAAUGACGAUGAUGGCGAAGAUAAUGGAUCCGAAUGUGUCAUUUGCAUGUGUGAUGUACGGGACACGUUGAUAUUACCUUGCAGGCAUUUAUGCUUGUGCAACAAUUGUGCCGAUUCACUUAGGUACCAAGCGAACAAUUGCCCGAUUUGCAGGGCACCGUUCAGGGCCCUCCUGCAAAUUAGAGCGUUACAGAAGACGGGGAAUGCAGUGUUGGCUUCUGUGAGUUUACCAGAUGGUAAUUGCGAGAACAUUCCUCCUGGUUACGAGGCCGUUUCUUUAAUAGAAGCCCUCAAUGGACCUUGCAUUCCCAGAGCUCCGGCGGCUACCAUGCCCGAUUUAGUUGAAACGCCAGAGAACGAAACCGCAAUUCAAGCAGCUCAAAUACUCAACAGACAGUCCAAAUCUAGCAAAGAACAAGACGCUGGAUCACUGGAGUUUGGAAUGUCCGUGUUAAUGCCACGAGAGGAGGGAAAAGAAAGCUCCACUUUACUUAAGAAUAAGAACAAGAGCGAGCAAGAAAGUAACGAUUUAGAUGAGGACAGCGAGGCAGAGAAAUUGUCUCCUUUGCUCCAGAAAAAUGACGUGGCUUUAAAUAUUGAAGAUGUUGUUGAAACUAUUGAUGGGGCAGAGGUAGGUGAUGCUGACGAAGAGGAUGUUGAGCAGGAAAAGGAUCUCGAAGAAGAAAAUAAGACUAAUGGUAAAGAAUGUGAUAAAGAACGCGGAGACGAAUCUGAUUAUUAUACGCCGGAGGAAGGAGCCCCAAAUGAGGCCGAGGGAAUACUCAGUUCCAUUGAGAGCACACCACAGAGGUUGCCCGGAACACCUAUGUCCCAAGCGAGCGCUCGAAGCAGUCAAGACAGUUACACGAGCGGCUCCAGCACUAGACACCUGCUGGCAUUAGCAGGAAACAACGGUAGCGCAGAUAGGGCGGUGCAGAUAUAAGCAAGAUUUCUGCUACUCUAUGUUAUUUUGGUGUAUGUUAAAUAUAUGUAUAUGUUAAGGGCAAA